AUGGACGUUUCGCCGCCGCCGCCGGCUCGAAAAAGUCGGCUCCAAAGUGUGUUACGGGCGGCGGUUCAAACGGUUGAGUGGACUUACAGCCUUUUCUGGCAACUCUCUCCACAACAAGGAAUCCUAGUAUGGAGGGAAGGGUAUUACAAUGGAGCAAUAAAAACAAGAAAAACAAUUCAGCCAACAGAAGUUACCACAGAGGAAGCCACCGUUCAUAGAAGCCAUCAGCUUAGAGAGCUGUACGAAUCUCUCUCCGCCACCGAUGCUGGCAGCAGCCAACAAUCAAGGCGGCCCUCUGCCGCCUUGUCGCCGGAGGACUUGACUGAAUCCGAGUGGUUCUACUUAAUGUGUGUUUCUUUCUCUUUUCCUCCCGGAGUUGGGUUGCCUGGAAAAGCAUAUUCAAAGCGGCAGCAUAUAUGGCUUACAAAAGCAAGUGAUGCCGACAGCAAAGCCUUCUCAAGAGCCAUUCUUGCUAAGACUGCUGGAAUACAGACAGUGGUAUGUAUUCCUUUGCUGGAUGGAGUUGUUGAACUUGGAACAACAGAGAUGGUUCAAGAGGACACUGGCAUAAUCCGACGUGUAAAAAGCUUCUUUAACAAUAAUAAUGGGGGUCAGGAUCCGAACCCGCCAAGGCCGGCACUUUCGGAGCACUCCACUUCAAACCCGCCAACUUCUUCGGAGCCCCGUUUUCCCAGUAGUCCUGCUGCUGCUGUGGUCCCCCCCACACAUGAACCAACGUUUUUCGAGAUGGGUAGCCACGUGGCUGAGGAGGGCGACGACGACGACGAGGUGGCGGAGACCGGCGGAAUUGGUAGCUUAUCUCCGGCUGAAAACACAGUUGAUGCAGAUGGUACAACUCAUUCAACGGGUCACGAGCCCAUGCAAGUUGAUAUAAUAAUAUCCGAGAAUAUUAUUAGGGCUGGUACACCUGACGACGACUGCUCAAACGAUUUGGACUCCAAUUUCCACCUCCUCGCCGUCAGUCCGCCGGGGAUUUCGACGGAGAACCAUCCCGGCGCCGGCGGAGGAUUAGAUAAGCCUGGAAUAUCUGUGCAGACGUGGCAGCUGAAAGACGAUCCCAUGACCAGCAACAUUAUACCACCACAUUCUGCUGCAGGUCUUCCAUCAUUUGACUUGGUGGUACAAGAAGACACCCACUAUUCUCAGACAGUGUGGAGCAUUCUGGAAACACAGUCAAACCGGUGGUCAAAGCAGUCUUCCUCCACAACCAUGUCGUCCUCCGGCGCCGUAUCCGCCUUCUCCAGGUGGUGCCGCCGCAAAAACCUUCUCGUCGGCGGUGGCUCCUCCCAGUGGGCCCUCAAAUACAUACUAUUCACCGUCCCACUCCUCCACAAAAUGUCCACGGCGUGCAAUAAUAUCAAAGAGACGACAAACAACCCGCCGCCGGACGAGCUCAGCGCAAACCACGUCCUGGCCGAACGCCGCCGCAGGGAGAGACUGAACGAGAAGUUCAUCGCACUCAGAUCCCUAGUUCCGUUCAUCACUAAAAUGGACAAGGCUUCGAUACUCGGCGACACUAUAGACUACGUGAAGCAGUUGCUCAAGAGAAUACAAGAACUCGAAUAUUCGAAUACCAACAACAAGCAUAGAAGUGUGGCCGCGUGUUCGGGGAAGGAGAAAAGGAAGAUGAAGGUCGUGGCGGAAGGUGGCGGCAGCGGAGGAGGGACGGUGGCGGAGGAGGUGGCGCAGGUGGAGGUGUCCAUUAUAGAGAGUGAUGCAUUGGUGGAGAUACAGUGUGUGCAAAACGAAGGAUUGUUACUGGAUGUAAUGCAAGUGCUUGCACAAUUUGGUAUACACGUCACCACUGUGCAAUCUUCACUUAGUAAUGGGAUUUUUACUGCUGAAUUGAGAGCUAAGGUGAAAGAGAAUGUGAAUGGCAGAAAACCGAGCAUUGUGGAGGUGAAGAGAUCGAUACACCAAAUAAUUAUUCUUCACCGUUAAUAAUUUAAUAUACUAUUUGAUGCAAUACAACAAAUUAAAUCGUUA